GAGGUGCGACGUCAUGGAUGCUUAGCAGCCGUAAACCUCCAUCGAGGAAGAAAAAGGCGGACGUUAGCAAGGCGGCUGCAAAAACACGAGACAAAGGCGGGGAAUAAUCAGGAUUAAAACAUCAAAAAUGUUGGAAGAACCGAUCAGGGAGCGACUAAUGGCGGCAGCCGAUGAAAUAUUGGCGCUGUUUGAAAGAACGGUGGCGUCGUACGAGGAAGAACUUUCCCGAACGAGAGAAGAGAACGAGCGACUACGUCAACAACUGGAAGCUGUUAGCAAGACUCGCAUUGUGCUACACGUCGAAGACGACCAGCAGCCGAUAGGUCAUGAGGAAGAAUGCCCCCCUCGGACACAGGGGGGGUGCUACACUUUGAAGCAGGAGGAUCCCCAGCCCCCCCACGUUAAAGAGGAAGAGGAGGAAGUCUGGACCACUCGGGAGGGAGAGUUUCUUCUUGGGCCAGAGGAGCCUGACAUCACCACGUUUCCAGUGAAUGUUGUCUUUGUGAAGACUGAAGACCAUGAAGACAAACCACCUGAGUCCUCACAGCUUCAUCACAGUCCGAGUGAGCAGAACAAAGGGGCGGAGCCUCCAAGCAGCAGCUCACCACAACACAUGACAACAGAAGCUGAUGGAGACCACUGUGGAGGAUCACAAGCAGACAACCUCUUAGCUCCUUCAGAUAGUGACCACACAACGUCACACUCUCCUGAGGAUGAAGACAGGGACGACAACCAAGAAGCCUCGAGCAGCGAUACAGACUGUGAAGGUGAUAUGAGGACUCACACUGACAACAAACACUCUGAACGUUCUCAAAUUAAGACAGGAAAAAAAGAUUUGGUCUGCUCGGUUUGUGAUAAAAGCUUUUCAAAAAGGCGCUAUUUGACUCGACACUUGAGGACGCACACAGAAAAAAAACCUUUUUGCUGCUCAAUUUGCGGCGACGCAUUUGCUCAGCGGGCCUAUCUGAAUAGUCACAUGAGGACACACACGGGAGAAAAACCUUUCAGCUGCUCAGUUUGUGGCGAUAAAUUUGUGCAGCGGUACACUUUGAAUAGACACAUGAGAACGCACACAGGAGAGAAACCUUUUUGUUGCACAAUUUGUGGAGAUAAGUUUGUGCAAGGCUCCUCUUUGAACAGACACAUGAGGACACACACCGGAGAAAAACCUUUCAGUUGCUCGGUUUGCGGCGACACAUUUGCUCAUCGGGUCAGUUUGAACGCACACAUGAGGACGCACACGGGAGAAAAACCUUUUAGUUGCUCAUUUUGUGGCAAAAGUUUUUCUUGUAAGAGUAAUAUGAACGUGCACACGAGAACGCACACAGGGGAAAAACCUUUUUGUUGCUCAUUUUGUGGCAAAGGCUUUACUUGUAAGAUUAAUAUGAACGUGCAUAUGAGAACGCAUACGGUGGAAAAACCUUUUAGUUGUACAGUUUGUGGUAAAGUGUAUUCUUAUAAGAAAAAUUUGACAGCACACAUGUUGACACACAAUGGAGAAUAAACGUUUUUCUGUCCACUUUGUGGUAAAAGAUUGUCAAAUCAUACAGGUGUCAUGUCCUGUGUGAGAAGUAACCUAGAAGGUGAUGAUGUGCUGUGUGUAUGAUACCGGAUUCCCUCGCGUGUGCUGCUAAGAAGAGCAGCAACACAACUUUGACAACAACAACUCUGAAGGAAAUGAGAAAUGUUGACUUUCCAACAACCUCAGACAGCCUGACUGAUUGAGGGCAACUUGGAUGAUGCCGUUGUCUUCACCUAACUUUUCUUUUAGACAACAGAAAUGUACACCAGUGACCAUGAAAAUGUGUUUGUGUUGUGAUAAUUUAACAUAUUAAUGUAAUAAAACUGACAUAAAAGCUGCACACACUCUUUGCGAUAAAGACGGCCUAAGCGUAACCUCUUUGCACCUUUCUGUCUGCCUCAGCGCACAUCUUUGCAGCCUUCAAUACCGCCGCAAGAUGGCAGCAGUAUGACGUCAUGGAUGCGAAGCACCCAUCAAUUUCCAUCGAAGAAGAAAAAGGCGGAAGUUAGCAAGUGUGCUGCAGAAUUACGAGACAGACCUGGCGAAAUAAUCGAUUUUUGUUGCUCAAUUUGUGGCAAAAGAUUCUCCAAAAAGUCCAGCACGAUACCACACGUGAGAACGCAUACUGGAGAAAAACCCUUUAGUUGUUCGGUUUGUGGUGAAAGAUUCUCUCUAAAGUCAAAUAUGGUCAAACACAUGAGAAAACACACAGGAGAGAAACCAUAUUUCUGUUCACGCUGUGCUAAAACAUUCACGCGUCACGACACUUUGGUGGAACGUGCGGGCGCACACAGGAGAAAAACCUUUUAGUUGCUCAGUGUACGGUAAGGGAUUCUCUCCUAAGUCAUACAUGGUGUCGCACAUGCUGACGCACGUAAGCAUUUUCCUGUCCAGUUUGCGCAAAACGAUUGUCAAGUCGUGGACGUGUCAUGUUAUUGUCACACAGGGGAAGUCACCCAGAGAACAAUGAGCUGCUGUGUGUUGGGUUUUUGAUGUGAUAAAGUAGCCUACCUGGUGGUGGUAUUAUUAUGGUAUUCUUGCUGGUGGAGGUGCACUCAUGGAUGGUAUGGAUGACAGGACGUUUGAAAAUAUUCACAUUUGAGAGACUGAAAUCGGGGGAUAUUUACAUUUUUAAAUAAAAAAAAGAUCAAUCAAAUACCAUAAUAGUUGUCGAGUAAUUGCAUAAUAGAUUAAUUGGACUUCACACACAACUCCACACAGUGUCACAUCCAGAAGUUCUCCGACGACACAGCCAUUGUUGGUUGUGUUUCAGAGGGGAAUGAUCUGGAAUACAGGACGGUCAUCAGGGACUUUGUCAGCUGGAGUGAGCUUAACCAGCUGCAACUCAACACCAGCAAGACAAAGGAGAUGAUCAUUAACUUCCAGAGGAAAACAUCUCACUUCACACCGGUGAACAUCCAGGGAGCGGACAUAGAGUUGGUAGACAGCUACAAAUUCCUGGGUGUUCACCUUACCAACAAACUGGACUGGUCCGUCAACACCCACGCCCUCUACAAGAAGGACCAGAGUCGCCUCCACCUGCUGAGGAGACUGAGGUCCUUUGGUGUGUGCAGGACUCUUUUACGGACCUUCUAUGACUCUGUGGUGGCCUCAGCCAUCUUCUAUGCUGUGGGCUGCUGGAGAGGGGGCAGCACGGACAGGGACAGGAGCAGGAUCAAUAGGCUGAUCAGGAGAGCGAGCUCUGUCCUGGACGGUCCUCUGGACUCCGUGGAGGAAGUGGGGGAGAGAAGGAUGUUGGCUAAGCUGACAUCCAUCAUGGACAACACCUCUCACCCGCUACAUGACACUGUGGGUUCCCUUAGCAGCUCCUUCAGCAGCAGACUGUUACACCCACGGUGUAAGAAGGAGAGGUUCCGCAGGUCCUUCAUACCGACCGCUGUCAGGCUCUACAAAACCUGCACCACCUGAACCAUGUUG